UCAGAAGGCCACGAUGAUGGUCCAGAAGGGUGCACAGCCGGCCAAGCCCUUGCACCUUCGUCUCUCCUUUCCAGCCACUUCCGACAUUCAAUUGGCAGACGCGUAUACUUCAUGAGCGUCCUGCCGUCUCGUUCUCCACGAUGAAGACGACGGCGGUCUUCUCUGCCUUCCUGUCGCUGCUGUCGCUUGCUUCAGCAGCGAGCUCCAAGAAGAGCAGCUCCACAAGCACGACACUCCCGGCCACCUUCAAGCCGCCGCAGGUCUUCCGGAACGCCAAUCUUGUGCACAUCAUCUCGGUCGAGAAGAACUACGCCAAGGAGAACAUCAACGUGCUGGUAGAGAACAUCGACAAGGCAGCGCAAGAUGAGUACUUCGUGCCUUUCACGGCCGACCAGAUGUCCCGGCUCGGCGGGGUAGAGGUGAAGGACCGCAAGGACGCCCGCGCUGGACCAUUUGUUGCCGAGGCGGUUGAGUUUGACCAGGAAAGCGACAUCCAGUACCUCCGCAUCCGCCUGCCGAAGCCCCUUGCGCCCGGGGCGCAGCAGACCCUCGGCAUCAGCUACUACCUCCUCAAAGCAUACAAACCCCUUCCCGCCUCCAUUAAGCAGGAAGAGCAGCAAUACCUCUCCUUCUCCUUCUCGGCCUACUGCCCCUCGGCCUACACGACGACGAAGCAAAAGACCGAGGUCAAAUUCCCGACCGGCAACAUUCCCGAUUACACCAAGCUCCCCGGAAGCGGCGACGUCGCGGAGUUCCCACAGAAGCAGGGUUCCAAGCUCAGCUACGGCCCGUUUGACGAGAAGCCCGCCGGCGCGGUGCAGCCGGUCAGCGUGCGGUUCGAGUUCAACAAGCCCGUGACGCACGUCUCGCGCCUCGAGCGGGACAUCGAGGUCAGCCACUGGGGCGGCAACGUCGCCUUCGAGGAGCGCUACACGCUGCACCACCGCGGCGCCAACCUCUCGUCGCUCUUCAACCGCGUCAAGUGGCAGCAGUCGCAGUACUACCAGCCGACCACGUUCGCGCUCAAGGAGCUGAAGUUCCCGCUGCGCGUGGGCAGCGUCGACCCCUACUACACCGACGUGAUCGGCAAUGUCUCGACGUCGCGCUUCCGGAGCAGCAAGCGGGAGGCCCUGCUCGAGAUCAAGCCGCGGUACCCGGUGUUUGGCGGCUGGAAGUACCCGUUUACGAUCGGCUGGAACUCGGACGCCAAGAAUUUCCUGAGGACCACUACUGCGGGCGGGUUUGUCUUGAAUGUCCCCUUUCUUGAAGGCCCGAGGCAGGCGGAGGGCCUCGAGUAUGAGCAGGUGCAGGUCCGGGUGAUUCUGCCCGAAGGCGCUGAAAACGUCAAGUAUCACACCUCGAUCCCAACCUCAUCCAUCACCGAAGCCGGCAUCGAAAUCCACAAGACCUUCCUCGACACCAUCGGGCGGACAGCGCUGGUCAUCAAGGCGCGCAAUCUGGUGGACGACUUCAGGGACCGCGAGUUGGUUGUGACAUAUGAGUAUCCUAUAAUGGCGAUGCUGCGCAAGCCCCUGAUUGUAUUUGGUAGUGUCUUUGCUGUGCUUGUGGGUGCGUGGGUGGUGGGCAAUCUCGAGUUGAAGUUUGACGCGAGGAAGAAAUAGACAAAAGGUUGGGCGGGAGAAUUAAAACGGUCUUGUUGUCACCCUGAAUCUCGUACUUUGCUAGCUCACAUAUUCUACAUCAUCUUCGUCUCUAGGCUUAAUAAGCGAUUUACGAUGGGCGGAUAUGGUAACUUCGGAUGUGUUUGUGUAAUGGUGGUCCGCUGCUGGUCUGGUUGUGCCCUCAUGAAUGACUUGUUGCUCAGUACAACUCAUAGCCAAACAAGUAGUCCCCGCCUGCUCCUUAUUUGGCUGCAACGCAAUAUCGAAUAUCCCUCGCGCCGUUGUGUAGCGAAACCGGCUCUCUACCGCCUAUGCAAAUGCUUCCAGGUUGUGUCAAGAUUCAGCUUACAAAAUGAACCGGUACGGAGAACGUACCGGAUUCAAAGGGACAAAAGAAAUAUGACAUUGACCACGUCCAGGUUCGAACUGGAGACCUUCAGUGUGUUAGACUGACGUGAUAACCAACUACACCACGCGGCCAAG